ACAUGUCGUCCUAAUGUGGGGAUAUAUUUUCUUCGUUUCUCACUCAAUCUGUCAAUCGAGUUGCAGAGCAGCACAAUUAUGGUGUCUAAAGCAAGCGAUUCUUCUUCUAAACUCAGAAAAUCUCAUGCUGAACAGUCUGGCGAUGGUCUUGGAAACUUGUCAUAUAAGCUAAAUCAGCUCAAAAGGCAAAUCCAAGCUGAGAGAGUUGAUUCUAUAAAAGAAAAACUCGAGAAGAAUAGAAGGAAAAUAGAAAGUGAUGUUUCGCAUCUCUUUUCAGCAACGUCAAGAAAUAAUAUUAUAUUUACCCAGGAGAAUGGUUUUGGUAAUAUGCCGCUUUGCAAGUACAGUGGAUUUACUCAAGGAUUGGGAGAUAAAGAAUAUGCCAAUUGUCAUGAAGUUGUGUUCUCAACAAGUACCAAGCUUCCCUAUAUGGAGAAAAUCCCGCCAUAUACGACUUGGAUCUUCUUGGACAAAAAUCAGAGAAUGGCUGAAGACCAGUCUGUGGUUGGAAGAAGACGUAUUUAUUAUGACCAACAUGGCAGUGAAGCGCUAAUCUGUAGUGACAGUGAGGAAGAUAAUGUAGAACCUGAGGAGGAGAAACAUGAAUUUACUGACGCUGAAGAUCGUAUUAUAUGGAUGGCCUUUCAGGAGCAUGGGCUAGGUGAGGAAGUAGUUAAUCUUGUCGGCCAGUUCACUGGGGUAGCCACUUCAGAAAUACAGGAGAGAUACAACAUUUUAAAGGAGAAAUAUAAUGACAAAAACUUAAAAGAUUCUGCAGAUUCUGGAUAUGAAAUGGGCAUAUCUCUGGACAAGACCCUUAGUGCCGCUUUGGAUUCUUUUGAUAACCUUUUUUGUCGUCGUUGCUUGUUAUUUGACUGCCGUCUUCAUGGAUGUUCCCAAACUUUAAUUGAUCCUUGUGAAAAACAGUCAUAUUGGUCUGAAUAUGAAGAUGAUAGGAAACCUUGCAGUGAUCAUUGUUACCUCCAGUUAAGAACUGUUCAAGAUGUGCUAGAAGGUUCAACUAUUGAUGUUUCAGAUAGAAUGAAAGACACCAAAGAAGGAACUGCAGUGCUCCCUGAUGCUGAAGAGCCAGGUACUGAUAACGAUACAGACCUCAUUCUAGAUGGAAGAAGUAAUUCUGAAAAAGUUUCAUCUGUUACUUCAGAGGCUGUUCAUAGCUCAGUAGUUGCUAUUAGAGCUCUGACUACAGAUACAUAUGCCAUGCAAAGUCUGGGAAAGCGCAAGGCCUUACAACCAACAAAUGUAGUGUUGAAUGAAUUGAUACAAGUUUCUGAUGAUCUUCAGAAUUCUUCAAGUAAAAAGCAAAAGAAACUAUUGCCUCUGGAUGUAAUUACUGCAUCCAGUGAUGCUAUAGCUAGUAUGGAUGCGGACAGUGGUUGUCAUAUCGGUGCUUCCAGUGAAGGCGAUCUUCAAAUGAUCACCAAAGAUUCACAAAGUGAAUCAAUUGAAUGUGUGUCAGAGAAAUUUGCUAGUUCCAGUAAUGCUCUGCAUGAUAAGAUCGAGCUGAAUAUUAGGGGUGAAGCCAAAGAUGUCAAGAAUGAGCCUGAAUUGAAGCAGGCAUCUUCGAAAGUAGAAGUAUCUGAAGGAGUUUUCAGCAGCUCUGAGUGGAAACCUAUCGAGAAGGAACUGUAUUUGAAGGGAGUGGAGAUAUUUGGUAGAAACAGUUGCCUUAUAGCCAGGAACUUGCUUUCUGGGUUGAAGACUUGCAUAGAAGUAUCAAGUUAUAUGCGUGAAGGUGGUUCAUCAAUGCCUCACAAAUCAGUUGCAGCAAGCUCAUUUUUGGAAGAAAACCGGAAAGCUGAUUCAGAUUGUACAGAGCAAGAGAUGCCAACAAGACCAAGAUUACUUCGUAGAAGGGGCAGAACACGGAAGCUUAAAUAUUCUUGGAAAUCUGCUGGUCAUCCAUCAAUUUGGAAAAGAAUUGCAGAUGGUAAAAAUCAGUCUUGUAAGCAAUAUACACCGUGUGGAUGCCAAUCUAUGUGUGGAAAGCAAUGCCCUUGCUUGCAUAACGGAACUUGCUGUGAGAAAUAUUGCGGGUGCUCAAAGAGUUGCAAAAAUCGGUUUAGGGGAUGCCACUGUGCAAAGAGUCAAUGCAGAAGCAGGCAAUGCCCAUGUUUUGCUGCUGGACGUGAAUGUGACCCAGAUGUUUGUCGGAAUUGCUGGGUUAGUUGUGGAGAUGGUUCAUUGGGUGAGCCACUGAAACGAGGUGACGGUCAAUGUGGAAACAUGAGGCUCCUACUAAGGCAACAACAGAGGAUUCUCUUGGCAAAGUCUGAUGUUGCUGGAUGGGGAGCCUUUCUAAAGAAUUCGGUCAACAAAAAUGAUUAUCUUGGAGAAUAUACUGGUGAAUUGAUCUCCCAUCGAGAAGCAGACAAACGUGGGAAAAUUUAUGAUCGUGCAAAUUCAUCAUUCCUUUUUGACUUGAAUGAUCAGUUUGUCCUCGAUGCUUAUCGCAAAGGAGAUAAGCUUAAAUUUGCAAACCACUCAUCAAAUCCAAACUGCUAUGCCAAGGUGAUGCUGGUAGCUGGAGAUCAUCGCGUGGGCAUAUUUGCCAAGGAGCAUAUUGAAGCUAGUGAGGAACUUUUUUAUGACUAUCGUUAUGGGCCAGACCAAGCCCCUGUGUGGGCUCGGAAACCUGAGGGUUCGAAGCGAGAUGAUUCAUCUGUGUCCCAAGGCAGAGCCAAGAAACAUCAGUCACAUUGAUGCACAUGCACAAUGUACAUUUGGAUCAUUUUCCAAUAAUGCCAUUUCACCUAUUUGCAAGAACUGCGUCUUCAUGAACAAUAAUAUACAUGUUAAAAUAUACAUGUCGGCAUUAAUGUAUGUAGAUGCCCAAUUUGCCUUAUAGAUUAUGUGGGUCAAACAAUAAAAUAGAUUGGGUAACAAGUCAAAACAUAUUUGUAGUCUGGAAAAUUUUCUAGCCGUACUUUACAAUACAAUAGGCAAUCAUUAUAGACAUUGAACAAUGUUGUUGGGAGAGGAGUCCAUGAUGUAUCAUUUUCAUAAUUUAAACUCUUUUUUUUUGAUGAUA